UUUAUUUAAUUUCGCUGUGAAAAAGUGACGAAUUAGUUUUUCAAUUGAUACCAAUUUUCAGAAAAUUUGUGUAAUUUUUAUUGUGCGAGAGAAAACUCCAAAAAUUGCCGAUUUCAUAUAAAAGUAAAGAGAAAUUACAAAUAAAAGAAAUAUACACAUUUAAAAUAAUAUAAAUACGAAAAGUACGGUUAAAUAAAUAAAAACAAAAUGGCAGAAGGUGGAAAUCGAAGAAUUUUGGUCAAUGUUAAAACACCCAAAGAUAAAAAAGUCAUUGAAAUCGAUGAAGAUUCUGGAAUUAAGGAUUUCAAAGCCAUGGUAGCUGAAAAAUUCGAAGCCGAACCUGAACAAUUAGUGUUAAUUUUUGCCGGUAAAAUUAUGAAAGACACAGACACCUUGCAGACACACAACAUUAAAGAUGGUUUGACUGUUCAUUUGGUGAUUAAAGCCAAGACCCGUUCAAAUGAAACAGCACAGCGUCCCCCAGCUGAUGUUAGACAGACCCCUUUUGGUCUCAAUACAAUGGGUGGUCUGUCGGGCGUAGAAGCCUUGGGAGCCGGUUCGGGUUCGUUUAUGGACUUGCAAGCUCGCAUGCAAAAUGAAUUGCUUAACAAUGGCGAUAUGUUGCGUACAAUGCUGGAUAAUCCAUUGGUCCAACAAAUGAUGAAUAAUCCCGAUGUCAUGCGUCAAUUGAUUACCUCAAAUCCACAAAUGCAGGAUUUAAUGCAACGCAAUCCUGAAAUAUCCCAUAUGUUGAACAAUCCCGAAUUGUUGCGUCAAACUAUGGAAUUGGCACGUAAUCCAUCGAUGCUGCAGGAGUUAAUGCGUUCUCACGAUCGUGCUCUAUCCAAUUUGGAAUCGGUGCCUGGCGGUUACAAUGCCUUGCAACGUAUUUAUCGUGAUAUUCAGGAACCUAUGAUGAAUGCCGCUACUGAGUCAUUAUCACGCAAUCCUUUUGCUGGUCUCGUAGAUAAUGGAGGAGGUGCUAAUCCACAAAUGGGCACUGAAAACCGUGAACCUCUUCCAAAUCCAUGGGGAGGUCGUGGCAAUGAAAGUGGUACUGGUGCUGCUGGCGCUAAUCCCGAUUUACCACCUCGUGGCGUGCUCAACACUCCCGCCAUGCAAAGUCUAAUGCAACAAAUGGCUGAGAAUCCGUCUCUAAUGCAAAAUCUACUAAAUGCACCCUAUACACGAUCAAUGUUCGAUGCUAUGAAUCAAGAUCCCGACAUGGCUUCACGCCUCCUCAGCACCAGUCCAAUGCUGGCCAAUAAUCCACAAUUGCAGGAUCAAGUACGGAAUAUGAUGCCUCAGUUCUUGGCACAAAUGCAAAAUCCCGAAGUUAUGAACAUGUUAACAAAUCCUGAGGCCAUAAAUGCCAUAAUGCAAAUACAACAGGGAAUGGAACAAUUGAGAUCUGCUGCUCCCGGUUUAGUUGGUUCAUUGGGUGUGCCACCACCACCGCCUGGCAAUACUAACAUUGACACGAAUACGACAAAUACCACAACUAACACGUCGGCCGACAGUAAUCCCACUGUAGCACCCGGUGGUGGUCCAAAUGCUCAAUUGUUUAAUGAUUUUAUGAGUCGCAUGUUGAAUGGUAUGUCUACUACGGCCGAUAACACCCAACCCCCAGAAGUUCGCUAUCAAUCCCAACUGGAACAAUUAGCCUCCAUGGGUUUCGGAAAUCGUGAAGCUAAUUUACAAGCACUUAUUGCAACUUUUGGCGACAUAAAUGCAGCUGUUGAGCGAUUGCUAUCAUUAAAUCAAUUAUCUCUAAGUUAACAUACCUAAACCCCGUUCGAUUUGUAUGUGUGUGUUUUUUCUUCUUUAACUUCUUAUUUUAUAAAUAUAAACUAACUAUAUAAUACCAUUAUAUAUAUAACAACUACAACAACAACAAAACUUAUAAACAAAAAUAAAACAGAAACAGAAAACAACAAAAAAAUAUACAUCUUGGAUUGAGGUAAAACAAAAACCUAUUGUAAAAGAAAAUAUUAGAAAUGUUUGUUAAAAACAAAAAAAAAAAUUAAAAUAAAACUACGUUAACGUAUUCGUAGCAUUAAAGUUUACAUGGAUUUCAUUUUAUUUAAUCCAGAGAAACACAUUUUUGCAGAUUUAGAAAAUCAUAUUUUUUUUAAAUCCCGCAAAAAAUGACAAGGAUGCAAAACAAUUUUAAAAUCUAGGGGAUUAUUGUGUAAUUCAAUUCGAUAGAAAUCAUUUUCGAUAUUUAAUGCAUAGAACAUACAAAUUCGAACGAUUUUUUUUUCGAAACGAAUUGGAAAACAACUCCCCUGAGCUCAGUUGAUCUUAAUGUAUCUUUAACAACAAUGAAAACGUAAUUAUUUAUUAAGUACUGGGUUUAAAUUGUGUUUAAUAUUUAAGUUUACACUAAAUAAUAAACGGCGGUUUGAAUUUUUCUUAGCUGUAAAAAAAUAAAAGAACAAGAUUUUAUAUAACUAAAAAAUAUACAAAGAAAAUAAAAAUCUUGGAUGUUGUGGGUAUAUUUUUUCCUAAAUCAAACAGAAACUUACCAUUUCCAAAUUAUUUUAUUCCAAGUGAAACUUAUUGUUACUUUUUAAUUACCUUCACACAAAAACAAUUCCUAAAAAAAAAUAAACAAUCAACAUAAACGAAAAAAUCAUAAUUUUAUUAUUAGAUUUCUUAUUAUUUAAGGAUAUCCCUCUAUUUAAAGAAUUGUAACAUUUAAAAAUGUUAAUACGCAAUUGACAUAAAUUGAAAACAAAAUAUUAAAAAUAAAAUAAUUCUUUAUCUUUAUUUUCACCCGAUCCCCUCAAAAACAAAAAUAUAAUAAUUUUAAUAAUUAUGAAUGUGCAUGUUACUAGAUAAUAUCUAGUGGAAAACAAAUUAUAAUUAAUAAAACCUUAAAACAAUUACAAAGUUAUAUUGUAAUGUACAUAAAACAAUAACAAAAAAAAUAAAAACAAAAAACAUAAAGCAAACAAAUAAUAGAAACUGGAAUACAACAAUAACUGGUGUCACGUAUGUUGCAUAAAUUUAAAACAAUUUUCAAAUGCGAAAUAAACAACAAUAUUAUUAUUAAUUUAAUUUAAAGCAAAACAAAUAAAGUUUGUCCUUUAUUUUCAAAUUUAAUUUAAAAA